CGAACAGUUCGCAUCUGGAAAAGGGCCAUCGAAAGUGGAGGAGAUCGACCGGCUCAGCCUUGUACCCAAGCAUGGCGAGAUACGAGGAGGAAAAAGUAUAUAAGGACGGAGGAUGCCCUCUUGAAAGUUAUCUAUUCCUCCAUCACCAACAUUACCAGAUCCUCCACUCAAUGAAGGGAUCGCAAACAUGACUUCCAACUUUCCAGAGACCAAUCCAUUUCGCACCAACCACGUCAAAACGUCAGAUGUUGAUAUGCGACCAUCGUCAGGGAGCUCAGCUUCCGAACAUCCUCCAAGCAAUGACCUCGAGUCGUCCUCGUCGCGUCUAUACCACAUCUACCAUAGCGCCAUCCGGUACGAUUACCGUGUGAUGGACGCCAAUAAAAACCAGCUUUAUUACGUGUACAAUUCUCACCUAACACCAAAAAAACCCGACAUCACCUUCCAUGCGGGUGAGAACAACAAAGCGCCCGUAGCAGGCGUCUGCAAGUUCAUGAAAUUCUCACAGCAAUACAAAGUCGGCCUAGGAGACCCGGACCGUGCGGGAGACAUGAUCUGGGAAGAUCUUGAAGGCCAAAACCUCGCCCACUCCAAGUACCGCUGGUCAAUGUCUGUUCCUUCGCCCAGCGGUGGGACUGAACGGCGGUGGUUCCUCUGGACGAGAACUCAUUCUCAGGCCGUGGAGGGCGAGACACCGUCGGCCUUGAGCAUGCGCAACUUCAAGCUUGUUGACGAGCUGACCGGGCAAAUUGCGGCAAUCUUUACAAGCAAUGGCUUCAAGAGCUUUCGGAAAAAUGGCAAGCUCCAGGUGGCUAGUGGAUACGGGCCUGACUUCGACCUCAUGGUUCUCAUCACCAUCCUCGCUAUCUAUGAGAAAACCCGACGGAGAAGGGCGGCCAAGGGAGGAGGUGGUGGCGCCAGCGGAGGCGACGGCGGCGGCUGAGAAUGGCAGCGACCGCGAUGUAUAUUAUUUUGAAUAUUUAUAUACCCAUUAGCGUUUUCGAAUAUUCAGGGGAAUUGGAGUCAAACUAGUAACGAAGCUGGCCCUACGGAGGUGUUUG